GACGCCUUUGUACCGCUACUCUGAGGUAAAUCCCGGAACAGCCGGGAUUUCAGCGUGUUUGUUAUCGAGCUCAGGGUUUUCCUUAGAUACGGUCUCUGUGGGGUUUAAUGCUCAAAACAGCACCUGAGACACCUGAGACACGGAGGACAGAAGAGCGCCUGAAGGUCAGUGUUAUGCGGGUGCGCACCGGACACCGGAGAGGCUGCGUUUGUGAUCGGGGACAUCAUACGGCAUCACGGGGCUUAAACCACGGGCGUUAAAGGGACGUUAUAUCUCUCUCUGUCUCUCUCUCACACAGUAUUUCUGGGACGUUAGUUAAAUCGGAUCACUGUACCGUAUCAGCUGAAACGUUAUAUAACCACUUGAGGUUACGGUUUACCACUUUUUACCGUCUCGCACGCAAGAUGAUGCAAAUCUGUGACUCCUGCAACCAAAAGAACUCGUUGUUCAGCGCGAUGACUCGCUUCAUCGGUGCUGUGAACAACAUGGACCAGACGGUGAUGGUGCCCAGCCUGCUGAGGGAUGUGCCGCUGGAUGAUGCGGCCGGAGGAGAGGUGAAGAGUCCUGCGCGCGCCGCUGGGGCCGGUAACGCCGUGCACCCGGUGCCGGCCGCCUACUUCCGCACGGGCGACAUGUACGGCUACUACGUGCUGCUCAAAUCCAUCCGCAACGACAUCGAAUGGGGCGUGUUGCAGGGUGACGAACGGCGCAAAGACCCCGCGCGUCUCGAGCCGGACGGCGAGGACCUCGAGCAACUCUUCCGCUUCCAUCUGAACGGCCUGCACGUGGUUCUCGGGGAGCUCACGCGUAAAGCCAACACGCUCACGAACCGGUACAAGCAGGAGAUCGGUAUCGGCGGAUGCGGGCUUUGAGCUCUCUCACUCAUACACUUGUCUAAUAUCCGUUAUUACUUCUAGCUCAAAGGAAAAAAAUAAUAACCCUUUAUAACUCUUAUAUUUUUUAUGCACCUUUAUUGUUCUUUUUUUUUGACUGACCACAUUGUUUGGCUCGGGACGACGACGCACGUGCUUAACAUAUGGAGCGUAUUUAAUAUGCAAACGGAGACGUGUAACACGGAGGACGUGGCGGAGACGAUCACAGUGCAAAGCGCUAAUAAUCACCUUCAAAAAAAGGCCUUAAAUCAGUGAAGCGGAAUCCAAUGAUCAGUCUAUUUAAUAGGAUGUUGAGUGAUUCCUGGAGAUGAACUAAACUGCAGCAUGUUAAAAACAAGACGUAAAAAAAAAUCAUGCCUAAUGUGUGUAUAUAAGGCUUGUCCUGUUGCUUUUGUUUUCUAUCUCAAAGCUAAAAAAAAUAAAUUUUUGUAAACGUUA